AUGGACACGCUGCUCUCCCUCGACCUCGGGUUUGACGACUGUCUCUACAGGAUCCGCCGCGUCUCGGGAACGGUGAAUCGCGUGCUGUACGUCACCGUCACCAAUCUCGCCAUCAUUCCCGAGGAGAAACGGACGUAUGGCCCGUCGGUCAUCAAGGAGCUCAGCAAGCUGAAGGAAUGGAACGGCGACUGGAAAACGCUUACUGUCCAUAUGGACGGUGAUCGCAUAUGGUGCGAAACCAACGCAUUCCUCCCGCACACCGUACCGAAAAAGCAUCUCCUCGAUAUCUACCCGACCUAUGACCUGUUCAGCCUCGAGCUUCGUCGCCCGGUCACGCACAGAGUUUUCGAGGUGUCCCAUGAAGGACGCUCUUGUUACCUCAAGAUCGCUCGCUUUCCGCAUGAACUGCGGUACUUGACCCGGGAACUCGAUGCCUACCACGCCUUGGCUCUGGCGGACACUGGCUUGGCGCCAAAACUGUUGGGCUAUGUUUUCGAAGAGACGCCUGAUCGCGUUGUCGGGUUUCUGGUGGAGUCCCUGGAAGGCCGAGCUGCAGGUGUGGGAGACCUCGAGUCCUGCAGAGAAGCUCUCCACAAGCUGCAUCGCGUGCUCCUCCACGGCGACCUUUGCAAGUACAACAUCAUCAUCACCCCGGAUGGGCCAAAGUUCAUCGACUUCGAGAUGUCGACUCCUGCCGCAGACGCCACGGGAGCCUUACUGGAAGAAGAAAAUGAGAAGCUGGAGAGCCAGUUGGCCGAUGAGUCUGGAACAGGGCGCCCUUGGUACAUAGAGUAG